AUCAGCAAUUGUUUGAGUAUUUUUACUUCAUUCAAUACAUCAUGAAGGGCCAAAACAAUAAAUGGUAUCGAUAAAUUAUUCCUUUGCAAUUUGGAAAAAAUUUAAGACUUUAUGGAGAUCCUGUAUAUUCAAACUACGCCCAAUAUACAAUUAUAUCAAAAAUGCUUCUAAGCGUAUUAUUUAGAGAAGUAUAUUCAAGCACAGCAAAGUUGGUGUCGGCAGAACGAUGUAGUUUGUGUCGUUGCAAUUCACAUUGCCUAUUAUGCCCUGAUAAAUUUCCUUUCCUUUAUACAUAUGUACAUACGCUAGUAGUGUUUUUAGCAAACAAUGCAUUGAUGAUUUGAAACGUCAAAAAUUAAAUCGUUUGUGAUUUAUAUAUACACAAAAUAUUGGACGGUCCCGAAGUAUGUGAACCGAGAUGGCGGACACCGGAAUGUAGUAUGUGUACCAGGUUAGGUUUAGGCCAUAAUUUUAUUCCAAUUUUCUUUAUUUUAUUUUUAUUACGAGUUUAGGGACAAGGUAAGCGACUCUCGUAGUACCUGUACCUAAAAUUAUGGCCUAGUGUGGUACACAUACGACAUUUCGGUGUCUGCUAUCUUGGUUCACAUACUUUGGGAGUACCACAUAUUGUAAUACUGACAUUUACAGCAACUGUCACAACCACAUUUUUAAAAUUUUCAGGGAAAUGCCCCCCCCUCUCCAGAUUUUGACAAUAAAUUAGUACUUUUGUUUAUUUAUUUGCAACUUUUUGCUAUUUGCCUUAAUUGUUUUUUUGCUUUUAUAUUGUUUAAUUGCAAUUUUUAUUAUUGUUUAUUUGUAAAUUUUUCAUUUUUUUGCACAUUUUUUAUUUCAAGCUUUAGUUAACAUACCCUAAAUAUUUGGGUAUUUUUGAGAACAUUUUCAAAGUAUUUUUGAAGAUUUUGACGUUUUUUCGGAUUUUUUGAAGCCCCCCUUUUUGCUUCAUUCUUGAGGAUAUUUUUUCGAAUUUUUCGUUUUGAUUUUUGAGUGAAAAAAAACCUCCCUAACAAUGACUGAAGAGGCUGAAAGCAUUAACAAAACCAACUUAAUAAUUAACUAUCUUCCUCAAUGUCUGUCAGAUGAGGAAUUCUACAGCCUAUUCACCACGAUAGGACCAGUGUAUUCAGCUCGAAUCAUUCGGGAACGAUCAACCGGUUAUAGCUAUGGGUACGGAUUCGUGAAGUACCAGAACCCUGAUCAUGCUGCCACAGCUAUAGAACAACUCAAUGGAUUCACUUUGUUGAAUAAGCAAAUUAAAGUUGCGUAUUCGCUUCCGUCUGGGCACGACAAUAAAAAUAUCAAUGUCUAUGUGAAAGGCCUCCCGGCUAAUACAACGAAUGAUACAAUGCGAGAGCUGUUUAAAUCUUACGGCGAAAUUAUCGAAUGUCGAGCAAUUCCUGACAAAAUCACUGGACUUUGCCAAGGAAUUGGGUUCGUUUUAUUCUCGAAAAAAGAACAGGCAGAGAAUGCUAUUUCAGCAUUGAAUGGAACAAAGGUUGAAGGGGGCGCCGAACCUCUUCUCGUGAAAUUCGCGAAAAAUGAUCAAAAGAACCAGAAGCUGGCGCCACAGGGUCCAAGAAAUGGCGGGAACAACUUUGCGGGUGGGAAUUACGCGAGUGGGUUUGGUGGUAACAACUACACAGGAGGGUAUGGUUCAUAUGGGAAUUACGCCAACUACGGGUCCAGUAAUUAUGGAGCAACCAAUUACGUUGGCUGGGAGAAUUCUAUGUCUAUGAUGAGAGCAGGGGGCAUGAUGCAAGGGGGUGGGCCAAUACGGGGAGGGAUCGGGGCCAGAGGACGCAACAUGAAUCGAUACUCCCCAAUGACUGGCCCGAGAUUCGGAUUCAAUGGACAACAACAACCACAGUUGGGACAGACAGCGGGGGCUGCAUCGCCUGACGGAUUUAUUGUGUUUGUUUACGGAAUCGGGCCACACAUGAAUGAAGAUAUGCUUUGGCAAAUGUGCAGUCCAUUUGGAGAUGUCAAACGGGUCAAUGUGAUUCGCGACCACUCGAAAAACCAGGGAAAGGGAUACGGCUUUGUAACGUUCGGGACAUUGCAGGAAGCGUCCUACUGCAUCAACCAACUGAAUGGUUCACCUUAUGAAGGAAAACAACUACAGGUGUCUCUGAAAACACAGAAACCCAAUUAGUGCACCGACGAAAAACUCUUGCCGAAGCGACUUAUAAAUUAAUUGUGCUCUGAGCUCUGAUUUAUCCACACUUUGGACCAAAUUUAUUGCCAUACAUGGUUCUUAAACUUUCCUAAUCCUUCUGAAGACUCUAAACAUAUUGAGACCCCGUUUCUAAAUCGGUUUCUAUGGUUACUUUGUGUGCUACUACAUUUAAUUUAAUAAUAAGAAAGUCAACAAAUGAAGGCCAAAGAAUUAAACAAAUCUUAUUAAAAUUAGCGCCAGAUUAGGAACCUGUAUCUACAAUUCCUUUUGUAUCAGAAAAUCCACAUGCAUAUAAAGCGAGGGCUAUUUUGAAUGAAGUGAAUCUGGAGUUUUGCUGGACACUAACAUAAAUGUGUUUCUGUAACUGCGGGCCAAUCACGGCUAUUAAACACUUAAUGUUUUUAAUUUUUUGCGUUCUAGAAUCUGCCAAUUGUUACGCUUGUAUCAGAGUGUAAGCAUAUGUAUAUUCAUAACAGUUCAAUUAUACCAGUAUAUUGAUUUUAUGUACCGGUCCCUUUUGGACGCAACCUUCUCUUGGCCUGCGAAUAUCAUUCUGCUUCUAAUUUUGGCCCCCUGUCAAUCAACUUUGUGAAACACUGCUGUGACCUAUAUAAUCGUGAUAGUGUCCUUGAAGCAAGAAUGCUGUAGCAAUGUGAAGAUAGGCCUAUCGAUUAAAAUAAAUAAGAUAAAAUAUGGCCUAACCUGGUACACAUGCUACGGGAGUACCGAAAUUGGUGUCUUUUAUUAAGCUGCAAGCUAAUCAUAUAUUGAAGCAAUACUCGCCAUAGCGUUUCCAAAAAGUACGAGGAGUUUUUCCUGAUUUUCUCCCAAAUUUUUUUUCAUGAGUCUCCUUCCGGGUUAAAUCCCUGGAGUUUUCAAUCUAUUUAGGAUUCCAAAUUUGUUAAAAAAAUAUUGAAAUACCAAUGGUUAUCGUCCCAUAAUUAUGCUUUGCGCGCACCAGAGGUUUUGAUGUUGGUAAUUUUAGGAUAUGGGCUACUUUUAUAAUACUUAUAAUCAGAAAAAUAAAUUAUUUUCGAAUAGCUAUCGACAGUUUAUUGCAAAUUAUCGCUGAACAAUUUUGGACAAACCUUGCUAAAUUGUGUCUCUUUAGUUUCAGAAAACUGUAAAAUGUGUGUUUUUUGUUGAAAAUGACCCAAUUGACAAUGUACCUGAACAUAGAAUGUAUUCAGAAUGAUUUUAUCUGUCUUUGCUGUAAAUGCUUCGUUAUUUUGGACAUUAUUUGGUCCAAAAUUUGUUGUUUUGGUGCAUUUAAUUAUUCUACAGUGUAUUAAAACUCUUCUUUAUACUUGAA